AGGCGCCCCCUCGCAGCAGCAGGGGGAACCUCUCCUCGCGCUCGUCGACCAGUUCCUACAGCACGGCCUGCGGCGACGAGACCAUGAUGCUCAGUGGCCUGCACAGCGCCAUGCGCGGCAGCCCGGGGCCUUCGAGGCUGGAAUUGGCGCGCUCCAGUCCAGGCCCAGCGGUGUCGCCACUGGACAUCCCGGAGGACUCCCCGGCCUGCCCGCCGGUCCCGCCCUUCUUCGAGGCCGCCGUGUUUGAAGAGGUCGCCUCGGCCCUGGGGGAGCCCAGCGGCGCGCGGGACGCGGGUCCUCCGGGGGAGGAGCAGCCGGCCUCUGCGUCCGGGGGCGAGGCGUCUAGCAUGGAGGCCAUCCGGGCCCGGGCGUGCACGCCGCGGAGGC